AUGUGGAAUAAUAAUGGAAAACUUUUAUUUGAUCUCUUGCUCUUAAGUGUCCUUUUGAUUAGUGUCCAUUCUGCGGAUAUUCUAAACUGCAAUUUUUUUGAUACGGUUAAAUUAAAGGACAGUCAAAAGUUGCCAAAUGGAUCGUACAAUUACCAUGAUGUUAUAAUACCCGCACAACUUACAGGAGAAUAUGACUAUGAAAUAAAUUACGAAGGGGUCAAGGAAUCGGUUCCCAAUCACAUUCGAGGUUGUGUCUGCAAAUUGAAAACUUGCAUUCGCUUUUGUUGCCAUCCCAAAAAGCUAAUGGAUGGCAAUCAGUGCUCCGAAGGAACCCACGAAAAACUCACUUACGAAAACACCCUGGACAUAACGCAAAUGAAUGGAUCAGUGAUAGGAAAACACAUUUUAAAUGACAUGGUGGUGCAGCAAGAUCUUCCCCUUCCUUGCGAAAAGCAUUACGCUCUGGAUGCGGAGGGAUACGAAGAAGAUAUGUGGUCCCUGUACGAGAAUGGAUCCUUAUUUCGUCACUAUGAUAAGCGACAUCUCACGAAGCAGGAAUUUUGCUUGCAGCCCAAUUUAACUAGUACCGGCCAGAACUAUAGCCUUAUUGUCGCCUUUAAUUGCAUUCAGAAACCAUCUUUGCAAAUGGCAUACGUCAAAUCGUGCUCUAUUGUCUUUAUGGCCAUAUCCAUUGCGCUCUACCUGUGGCUGCCAAAGUUCCGAACUCUCCAUGGCAAAUGCUGCAAGCUCUACUUCACUUGCCUGAUGGUGACCUUUUUACUGAAUGUCGUUAGCAUGUUUGGGAUCUUCAGCCUUGGGACUUCUAUCUGCUACAUCACCGGUUACGCUGGCUACUUUACAGUGAUGUCCACUUUUCUGUGGCUUUCCGUCAUCAGUUUCGAUGUCUGGAGGAGAUUUUCCUUGCGUCGGAUCCAGAAUUUCUACAAGAACAAUAAAAGCAGUUUUUGCAACUACAAUGUGAUCGUUUGGAGUUCUGCUGGACUUUUGACCUUCAUUAUUUUUUUGGUGGAUCAAUUUGCAGUUACAGACCUAGCCAAUCCAUACACUCCCGCAGUGGGAGUAUUUUCAUGCUGGAUAUACAGCGAUGGAUGGUCAGCAAUGUUUUAUUUGUACUUUCCGUUGGCGAUUUUAAUCGUUGUGAACGGAACAAUGUUUUUCCUAACAACCCGAUACAUUUAUGUGGAGAACAAGAAGAACCAGAAAGUGCUAAAUAAAUGCGAACAGCAAAAAGAAUCCAGGAACCAAGCCAACUAUCGCGUGUAUCUGCGCCUGUUUAUCAUAAUGGGCGGAAGUUGGUUUCUCGAAAUCGUUGCCUUUUUAUGCGAGAUGGAGAAUUCACUCCAGCCCUUAAUCGUGGUAAACGAUUAUAUAAACUGCAGUCAAGGAAUGAUUAUAUUCAUGGCCACAUUCUGCAAUCAAGAAAUGUUUAAAUCAAUACGAAAGCGCAUCCAAAACAAGGAAAGUACUACCACUGAUUCUACGAGUCGGCCACAAGAGUCUGAGAAAAUGGAAGCAGUGGAAUUAAGGAAAUAA